CGACUAUCCGUCACCUCCAUCAGUUGUGAUUGUUGCUUUGUCUUGUUCCUUUGAAUCAGAGCCGGGCAGAAGACCCUUUCGCUUCAGUUACCGAGUAGCCUGGAGCUCAGAAAUAGUCUGGAACACGAAAAGCAGAAUCGCACAGGUCCUGUGUCAAGCAAAUCCCGCAUAAAACACAAUUCAUUGAGGUGCUCGUCAGGCGGAGGCGUUGAGACAUCAGUUUCAUGGGCGGAAAGUGGAGCUCCUCCUUUGACUGGGCCAGAGUUGUCCGGGACCUGUUUCUCACGUGCUCAUCCAAAAAAAAAGUAUACAGACCAGCCCAUGGAGUAUUCUGCGAAGAGCUUGUUCCAAGUUCCAACGGCCCGCAGAGUGAGGCGUAUGACACUCGUGCAGUUGGGAUAUUAGAACGCGGCGCACCGAAGGCAGAGCGUGUUUUCGGAGGGCAAAUCGGCAUGUUGAUUUAGUGGGAUGAAAAUCGUUCGGUUUUAUCCUUGCAAUGAUCCGAAUCCUCGCAGACGAGUCCGCCCCGGCGAUAGCCUUUCUGCCAGCUGGAGACCUUGAAUCGUCGCAUCAUAGAAGAUAUGUGAGGGAUCCAAUAACCAAUCACCGGUUGCCCAGUAACUAGAGUGAGUACUGGGGCAGCCAUUUGGCAGUAAACAAACAGUUAUCACAGGGAGAUCCAAGCCGCAGAUCAGCAGCGCGUAAUUUUGAUUGACUAAUUGAAUCACGAUCACGAUCAUAAUCAAA